AUGUACUACGCCAUCUUCCUCAAAUCCUGGCUGCAGGAACAGACCCCACGCGCCUCCUCCAUGAACACCGCCCCAGCCUUCUACCGCAGGCUCGAGCAGUCGCUGGACGUUGCGCGCAAGGAAAACGGCCUCAUGACGAUCAAGCCGCGCUGGGACGACAGCGUCGUAGACCUGACAACCAGCGACUUCCUCUCGCUCAACCGCACAGGGCGCAUCCGCGAGGAGUUCACGCGCGAGCUCGCCCGCCACGACGAGUUCCAGCUUAGUGCGUCGGGCUCGCGCGUGCAGUACGGGAACUACGACUAUCUACUUGAGACGGAGCGCAUGGUGGCGGAGUUCCACGGGGCCGAGACGGCUUGGAUUGCGCACUCCGGGUUCAAUGCGAAUGUCGGUGUGCUCGAGGCGAUUCCGCUGCCUGGGGAUGUGAUUGUUUACGAUGAGCUGUCGCAUGCAAGCACGAAUCUAGGGAUGAAACUGAGUGUGGCGGCGAAGAGGAUUCCCUUUAAGCAUAACAGCGUGGAUUCGUUGCGGGAGGUUCUGGUGGAGUUGAAAAACGGCGAUGGCGGCGCGGCAUUUGUGUCGGGGAUGCAGUCAGUUCUCAUUGCUGUUGAGUCGAUCUACAGUAUGGAGGGCGACAUCUGUCCACUGGUCGAGUUUGUUGAGCUGGCGAAGGAGAUGUUCCCUGCUGGGAAUGCGCAGUUUAUUAUCGACGAGGCGCACAGCAACGGUGUGAUCGGUCCUAGGGGAGGCGGCCUGGUCCAAAUGCUAGGUUUGGAGAAGGAGAUCGCCAUCCGCGUGCAUGUGUGCAGUGUUAUACUCUGCAACAAGACCGUUCGCGCGGCGCUCAUCCAUAACUCCAAGACGCUGACUUACAGCGGCGCCCCCUCAUUCCCAAUGGUCGCAUCCAUCCGCUCCGGAUACCAGCUCCUGAUAAGCGGUGCCACAGAGCAGGCCCAGUCCGCUAUCCAGGACAUCGUAAAAUACUUCUUUCAAACAAUUACCUCCGACCCCAUCUGCGAGGAAGCAAUGGACGAAGGCCUCCUGACACUCCCGCUCGUCGAAGACUGGGAGCAGCGCACAGUGCACUCGCACAUCGUGCCCAUCAAGACGCGGCCGCGCCAUGAACAGUAUCUGGCCUUCCACUUGGGUAUGAUGAAGAUGAACGCCUAUAGCAUCUCGUACCCGGUUGUGCCCAAGGGCGGGAGUCGCGUGCGAGUGGUGCUGCAUGCGCACAACACGAAGGAGCAGAUCGAGCAUCUGGUUUCGGGGAUCUCUUCGUGGGCGGGGGAGAUGCUGGAGCUUGAGCGGGAAAAGGAUGGGUUGCCCAGGGCUGCUAGGCAGGUCUUUGCCUUGCAGACGUCGCUGGCAGUGUAA